GAUAUUCUGAAUUGUUUUUCAGACAAGUGCUGUGCUAGUGUCAGGAUCCUGACUUUGAUCCCAGAAGAGUACUUGGAAAAAAAGGAAUGCUGUGGUGCAAUAAGUUGUCGUCACUUGUUUGUGUAGCGUCUGGAUAUGUAUUGUGCUUCCUGGCAGGGUCCUUUUUAUUCCCUCAAUACCAAAGAUCUGACAAUUAUGGGGAGCAGAUGGGGAAUUCAUGUCCACUGGUUCCUGGGUCACAAAUUACUGAACAUUGGAACUUUGGAAGCAGAAAAGCAUGGGGACUACCACUGCUUUGUUUACCAUGACCUGGACAUGAUUCCUGAAAAGGGCAACACGCCCUACAAAUGCUUUCCCUGGCCCCUGCACUUGGCCAUAGGCGUGGAGAAAUUGCAAUACAAACCAUACUAUGGGGGUAUGAGUGGAGUGGCAGUCGUGCCCAAGCAACUCAUACACCAAGUCAAUGGGCACAGCAACAACUUCUGGGGCUGGGGUGGAGAGGAUGAUGAUUUUCUACUGAGGUUCAAUAAACAAGGAUUCAAUGUGAUGCAUUACCCAGCUGAAAUUGGCAGAUACAGAUCCUUGCCACAUGUUCCAGCAAGUCCAUCUCCGAAUAGGUACAAAAUCCUGGAAAAAGAGGGCGGUAAAAGAGAUAGUGGGCUUUCAAAUGUGAAUUACGUUUUGGUUCAAACCAGUUUGCAUCCACUCUACACCAUUUUUGACGUGAACCUGACAUUGUCUGUAAAGUGAACCUUCCAUAUGAAAUGAAACAAAACCAUUCCUUUGUUUUAGAAAGAGGAAUGCAGUUUUGAAUGGUUGUUUGUUUCCAGAUAAUCUGUUGAACGUUACUGAUAAAAUACUGCUUAACGCCAGUGUACA